UGCUCAUCUCCUUCCACAGCAAAAACAGCCACUCCUUCUUGCAAAUCAUGGGGAGGCUUAGCCUUUGUUUGGCGUUGCUGCUUUGCCUCGCCAUCUCAUCAGCCGAUGCUCAGAGCGCUAGCAAUGUUAGGGCGACGUACCACUACUACAACCCCGCGCAGAACGGGUGGGACUUGAAUGCAGUGAGCGCUUAUUGCUCGACCUGGGACGCGAACAAGCCGCUGGCUUGGCGGCAGAAGUACGGGUGGACCGCCUUCUGCGGGCCGGUCGGGCCUCACGGGCAAGCGGCUUGUGGCAAAUGCUUGAGGAUCACGAACACCAGGACCAGUGCGCAAAUUACUGCGAGGAUCGUCGACCAGUGCAGCAACGGGGGGCUCGAUCUGGACUACAACACCAUCUUCCGUCCGUUGGACACAGACGGAAACGGAUAUAACCAAGGACACCUCACAGUGAACUACCAGUUCGUUAACUGUGGUGACUGAAUACGCACCCGGUUCCUAGUUUUCGCAUGUUCGUUCCAGAAAAAAUAAGGCUUUGCUGAGAAAUAAGUGAUCACUUCUUCUAUAAUAGAAGUCAUCAUUAUGAAAUAAUAACAAAUUCUUGUUAUGAA